GGCGCGGAGCCGGCGCAGCGCCGGUGGUGCCGCGCUGGAGGCCGCGGGCUGUGGGGCCGCGGGCUGUGGGGCCAUGGGCUCGGGGGCGGCCGGCGGGCCGGGCCAUGGCGCCCCGCUCUGCCCCUGCCCCUGCCCCUCCCCGCCGCCGCCCCCCGCGCCGCGCUGCUCGCGGGGAACCCGCCGCCUCUCCGAAACCGGGGCCGGAUCGCGGCGGAGCGAGGGCGCGGCGGGGCGCGGGGGGCUGCGGGCCGCCGCCUCGCUGCCGCACAUCGCGCGGGGCCGCGGGGAGGAGGGCGGCGGGCGGCGCAGCCCCUGUCUGCUCGUGGCGCUGCGGCCGCGGAACGUGGAGGCGGAGCGGGAGCGGUUCUUCCAAGCCAGCUUCGCCUACGACCCGCAGUUCGAGUACGCGGAGCCGGUGCCCGCCGCCGUCCUGGACAAGUACGGGGCCGCCUCCGACCGCUUCGUGGCUCAGGCCAUCAGGAUCAUCCGUACUGUCCUGGAGAAGUACGGGACCUACGAGAGCUUCGAGGUGGCCACGGGCGGGCGGCUGCUGAGCAAGUGCCAGAUCUGGUCCGUGAUCCGAAAGUACAUGCAGAAGGAAGGCUGUGUGGGAGAGGUGGUGGUGCAGCUCACCGAUGACCUGCUGUCCCAGGCAGUGAUGAUGGUGGAGGACAGCCGGCCCACACUGGCCAUCAACCUGGCUGGAGCACGGCAGCACUGGCUGGAGGGGAUGCUGCGCCACGAGAUCGGCACCCACUACAUCCGGGGGGUCAACAACACCCGCCAGCCCUGGCACAGCUCCGAGGGCCGCAAGCAGUACAGCCUGAAGCCCGCCAACCCCACGGAGGAAGGCCUGGCCAGCCUGCACAGCGUCCUGUUCCGCAAGCAGCCCUUCCUGUGGCGAGCAGCCCUGCUCUACUACACCAUCGAGAGGGCCAGCCGCCUCUCCUUCUCUGCCCUCUUCCAGGACCUGGAGCAGUAUGUCCAGGAUGCUGGUGUCCGGUGGGAGUACUGUGUGCGGGCAAAGCGGGGCCAGACAGACACCUCACAGCCAGGCUGUUUCAGUAAGGACCAGGUGUACCUGGAUGGGAUUCUCCGCAUCCUGCGCCAUCGCCAGACCAUCGACUUCCCGCUGCUGGCUGCACUUGGAAAGGUCUCCUAUGAAGAUGUGAAUCGGCUGAAGAAAUUUGGGGUCCUGGAGAAGGCCCGCAUCCCCCAUUUCAUGCAGGACCUGGAGCGGUACAUGAAGCAGCUGGAUCACAUUGUCACCACCAAUGGCCUGAACGAGGAGGAGCUGGAGCAGCUGCUGCCUGACUGAGGGGCAUCCCCUGAACCAGCACCCCAAGGGUGUAACUGGUGCUGUUUAUUGGGUGUUUAUUGGGGCUGGAGCAGAGGGCAGAGCCCGAGGCGGGCGCUGUGCAUGUACUGCUGUGUAGGGUAGCGCGGCCAAGGGCCCGUGUGGUUGUGUUGAUGUGUCCCCCACAUCGUCCCUGGGUAUUUUGGGGAUGGCUGUGCUGCUCCAGGUGGCUUUGGGGAGCCAGAGAAGAGGGUUCAGGGAGAGCAAGGGCAGAGCUAGGGCGAUGUGCUGGUCCCCCAGUGCAGAAGGCUGUGCUGGGGGAGUUGCAAUGGGGGGAUUUCUAUAAUGGUACCUGGAGUGCUCCCAGCACUGUGGGGGCACCCAUCUGGGGCCAGCAGACAGGGCUGGGGGCUCUGGGUUGUGCCUGGCAGGGAGCAAGGGCUGGACUACACCCACAGAUCACCCUAUGGAUGCCUUUUCCAAUCCCCACCCCUUCCCUCAUGUCCCCCAGCAGCAGCAGGGAAGGACUUUAAUCCAGCCCAUUACCAAUCUCUGCCCAGCUCUGCACCCCGACUACAGCCACCCUGCCUGGCUUUGAGGACUCAGGGUGGGGGUUGGGCUUGAUGUUAGGAAAAAGCGUGUAAUAAAGGUGAUGUAAUGGAAAA